AUGUCAAAAGCAGUUUCAAAUGAAAAAACAAUUGUACAGAAAAUUGCAACUAGGUGCAACGCCAUUGACAGAAUUAUGCAAGGCGGUGUAAGUGUUGGAGAAGUGACUGAGUUGUGUGGGGAGAAUGCAACCGGUAUAAUGCCCCACAUUUUACAAUCUCCCAUAAAUCAAAUUGAUAACCCUUGUGAUCAUAUAACAACCAAGCAAGUGGAAUCCCCGCAUGAAUUACCUGAUGUUCUUGAUUGGGUUGUAAAACUGAUUAAGUAUUCACAUAACACAUGCAGGCAUAUCCGUUUAGUUGUUAUAGACUCAAUCGCUAGUAUUUGUGCUAGCCAUUUUGAGAACACGGUUGAGGGGUUAGACUCACGAACACAAUUAUUACGUGCCAUUGGAUACGGCUUACAUUCCAUCGCCUCUACAUACAAUGUUGCUGUUAUCGUUGUUAAUAAUGUUGUUGAUGUGUUUCCAAGCGACCGUGAUUCGUCUACAAACUUUAUGAUGUCAUCUGGUCGGAAGGUUCGGCCCGCUUUGGGGAAAGGAUGGACUCGAAAUAUUGCAACAAGGUUGUUUUUAUCCAAAGCACUUAAUCCCGUCACUCAAACGUCUGAUAGAUUGUGUAGUGUUUUGUUAUCUCCUACGCUCGAGUUAGAUGCUUGUAGGUUUAAAAUAACAGAGAAGGGAGUCCGAGAUGAGUAA